GAAUUAUCACAAAAUAUUGCGUUAAUAGUGAGGGUAAAAGGAAACAAAAUGUCUAAUAUUGCAUAAUAAUGUCAAUGGCAUCUAUAAAAUGUUUUCACUCAGGCUUCGCCUGAACGAGUGUAACAGCGCCACCUGUCGAUUUCGGUGGGUUCCUGCCACUUUACGGUCGAGUAGACUGAGCUAAUCCAACUCAACAUCCAUCGACCGGAGAAUGAUCCCAAGAGAUGACAACCAAUACAUAUCAUAUGUGUGAGCUAAACGAGAAGUGGCUGCAGAGCGUGUGGAUGGAGGAAUUACCCUACAGAUUCAAUUUUUAUUGAUUACCGUAAGCUGAAAAAGUUUAAGACUACGAUGGAGCCAGGGCCAGGUCUAUGCCAUGACAUCAACGCGACCAACGCGUCACAUCUCCUUCUCGAUUACACGUUGGCCGACACUGGGACAGUUGUUACUGGAGUCGUUAUAUUUCUUCUCAUUCUGCCGCUCGUCUUGUUCGAGUUUCCUUUCUUCCCACUCGGUACCACGCCUGCCGUCCUCCUGGGUGCCGUGCUGAUGGUGUGCACCACCGUGCUGUCGCAAGACGACGCGUACAGGCAUCUCGGGGAGCCUGGCAACAUGCGUACGAUCGUCCUUCUCCUCGGAAUGAUGCUCAUGGCGCGGUAUUUCGAAAGAGAGAAGAUAAUCGACCGCAUAAUAAGCAGAAUGUUGAAAGAUGAUAUCUCUUUUGCGAGUUAUCUGUGGCGAGUGUGUCUGGCGACCAGUUUGACGUCUGCUUUCAUCACCAAUGAUGCAGCCUGUGUCGUUCUCACUCCCUUGUGGCUGGAAAACUGGAAGAACCAGAACCGACCACGGGUAGAACUUAAGACCCUGUUGCUGGCAAUCGCCACCUCGGCCAACAUAGGCAGUGCAGCUACGAUAUUCGGAAAUCCUCAGAUGGCGCUAAUAGCUUCCAAAACCAAUGUGCCUCAUUUUAGACAGAGCAGACUGGAUCUGUUUAGAUGCAUAAUGUUUAUUGGACUACCGACCAUCAUAGGGUCUGUACUGAACGUUUGUUUUCUGAAUAUUCACUGGAAAAUACGUUCAAGGACUUCCCAUAAAGAAAGAAAUAAUACAGUCAAUAAUAAGGAACAAAGAAAAGCAUUUAUUGGUAAAAAUAAAAAUGACGCCAUUGAAAUGACAUCCGAUAACGAACACUCUCCCGGUAACACAAAUGUAGACUCAAUUAAUGCAACUGAUAGUUACAAAGAACACAUGAAUGGAAAUGGUACAUCUUCAACCCAGCAUCAAAAUACAUCGUCUGGAUUGCAGACUUCGAAGAAAUUGGGAAUAACUCGAUCUGUUCAGAGCAUUGCAAUUCCAGCGAUACAGGUCGCGGAGAAGGCUUGCUUUGAGAUAGACAUCCAGAAAACGGUAGAUAUAGAAUUUGAAGCAAGCGAGUCGAAACCUUUUCAUAUAUGUUUAUGGAUCAGUCUUCUAACUUUGCUGGGGCUAUUGUUUGUGGAUACAGACGUUGUUCACUUUGAUAUGGGCCUUCUUCCCAUUGCGACAGCAACAUUUUUGAUGUUAGUGGACGCCGUGUUGAACAAACGCAGUGCCUUCUUCAUCAUACGACGGGUGGACUGGAGUGUGCUCGUCAUGUUCUUCGGUCUGUUUGUCUGGAUGGCGGGGUUCAAUGCUACGCGAAUUCCUCGCUGGAUUUGGAAGACCAUGGGCCUGUCCCACUCCAAGUUCAACAGCUUCUCCAGCUUGACUAUCCUGUGUGUCUUUGUUGUCGUCUGCUCCAACAUCUUCAGCAAUGUCCCACUGACCAUCAUUGUCCUUGAACAGCUCCAGCCCUGCACAAAUCAGUUUCCUCUUGUUCUCUAUCUCGCGUGGUGCUCCACAAUUGCAGGGAAUCUGACGCUGUUUGGCAGUGUGGCUAAUCUCAUUGUUGCUCAGAAGUCUAAAACCUCAUUAGGAUACCAGUUCAGCUAUUGGACCUAUCUUAAAUAUGGAUUCGUGACAACUUGUUUUAUUGUUGUUAUAGGUAUGGCAAUAAUGAAUGUUAUAUUGCAAGCGGUUUGAAUAAUAAAAUGAUAUAACAUCAGAUUUGAAUAUCACUGUGGUAUCCAAUAGAAUAUAUAGGUGUGAUUUGAAACAAACAAAGUCGCAUACAAAAACAAUAAUAAACAUGUAAAGACGAUAAUUAUAAAAAUAGGCCCGUAGAUACCGAGUGAAGAGUGUUUGUGCCUAUAUAAAAAAAAAAAAACGAACCAAAAAACCUUUAUAACAGCCAAAUAUUGUCUUCUAAAACGAUUACUAUUUUGUUCUCAAAAUACUAGGAAACUGUCCGAGAUCAUCCACAGAUCAAACCUUUGCUGGGAAAAAUGCUUCCCCCCCUCCCCCCCUUUGAGGGAUAACAUGGGCACCUCCACUUUUCAUUACUAGUUCUACGGACCUUAUAAAUUCAUCGGAUGUUGUGGCAAACGAUCAGUUACCGUCGUAAUAUUUAAAUAUAGACGAGAUAUAAAUGCAAGAGGUGUAUGGUAAUAAAAUACAGCCAAUAUACAAUUGUUACAGUUUGCUGUAUUAAUCUUGUGAAGCAUAUUGUAUCGCAUAAAUCCACAUUUGGAAGCCGUCUCCCGCAAAUGCAAAGAAACUCGCAGAACAAUCAACUGCAUAAACAUUUAAUAAAUAUUUGCAGUACAUGACAUUUGGUGAAAAUACUAUUGUAAGAAUUGAUUUGUCCAUCUAUGUCCGCACUCUCAUCUCAUCUCACCCGUUACACUGCGUGCGUGUGUGUGGUUUUUAUUCCUACUCCAACUAGCAUUUAGCAUCACGUUUCUGUCAUUGAAGUUUCACAUAGCAGUUCUUGUAUUUUUAACUAUGUUUGGGCACUGUGAACCAUUCCCCAUCAACUGCAAUAAAGGUUCAGUCUGAACGUUUUGUCGAAUUCCGUGGUUUCCAACAUGUGUUAAUAUUUAGUAUGCACCACUGCUUCCCGUAGGUACCACUAAGGUAAAUUAUGCUUGUCCGAGUAAAUUUUCACUUGUCGGGACAAGUGCUUAUUUCGAACGCUGAUAAAGUGGACUGCACAGAAAACCAAUGGGACUCCCGACAAAUCAAGUGUAAAAGAAUGUUUGUAAAGAUGUACAACAUAUGACGAUUACAAUAUUAUGAGGGUGAAAAAUCAAUAGGCGAGAAAGUUAAGUAACGUUCAAAUCGGCCUUUGGCGAGAUCUGAACCAGCCUUCAACUCUAAGUCCGAAUCAGCCUCUGAUGACAUUUGAACCCAGCAUCAGCUCGUAUUCAGUAUCCUAACCACUGUAACAACGAAACUAACCGUGAGGUCCAUAGUGACAUUUUAAAACUACCAGAAAAAUUAAGCUCGUUUAAAAAUAAUCCUAAGCUCUCUACGAAUUGAUCAUUACUACAACCUGAUAGCACGCCUUUUCAUUUCCAAUUGAUUUAUAUAUUUUUUAGGAAGAACAUGCUGCAAGAACUGGUUUCGAACAAGGACGUAAACUAAUUUGACAUCUGAUUUAUUACAACAGUGCAAUGUUCAUCAGACUGAAACAAAAGUCCAAACCUUUUUGUUGUAUGAAAUGUUUUAUUUGUGCUCUCUAAACUUUCUUGAUUCAAGACAUGUCAACACCAACAUUCACUUGCCUAGAGAAGAUAAAUCAGUAAAUAAAAUAACAUUCAACUACUUGCCUAUCAACAUUCAAACCAAACAUCUGACGUUAAAGCUAAAUGAUUUUUUACAAAGGUACAAUGCACAUUACGAAAUAAAAACAAAACACAAGGACAACUAAAGACAAAACAUCUCCCUGAUGAGCUGGUUCUCAAGGUACAUCUACAACAAAAAGAAUUUCAGAAUAUCGCUUGUUAUCAUGACAACAAAAAGCAUUCAGAAUAUUGCUGUCAUCAUGACAACAAAAAGCAUUCAGAAUAUUGCUGUUAUCAUGACAACAAAAAGCAUUCAGUAUAUUGCUUUGUCAUCAUGACAACAAAAAGCAUUCAGAAUAUUUCUCAUCACCAUUACAACAAAAAACAUUCAGAAUAUUGCUUUGUCAUUAUUACAACAAAAAGCAUUCAGAAUAUUGCUUUCUCAUCAUGACAACAAAAAGCAUUCAGAAUAUUGCUUUGUCAUCAUGACAACAAAAAACAUUCAGAAUAUUGCUUUGUCAUCAUGGCAACAAAAAGUAUUCAGAAUAUUGCUCUUCAUCAUUACAACAAAAAGCAUUCAGAAUAUUGCUGGUCAUCAUGACAACAACAAAACAGCAGUGCUAUACAGAAGGUUCUACAGUCAAUACUGUAUAUAUGACUAGGAUGUACUGUAUGACAGAGGUUUCUAACAGUGGUGUGUAUGGAUUCCCCCACACAAAAUGUCCAUACACUGGGAGUCAUUAACUGAAUGUUGGACACAAUUUAAAAUUUAUUUCAUAAUCAUUAAAAAAAAAAAAAAUCAUAACCCUACACCCAAAGUUAACAACGACACAAACUUAUUGUUGUCAGUUAAAGGAAUAGUUUUUGCAUUUACCCGUAGGCAAAAACAUUAACAUAUUGAUUAAUUUCUCAUUUUUGCAUCCAAAUUUCAUAAAUUUGCUACUAUUUAUAUUAUUGCAAAAUCCAAUGUGCAUGAAAUUGAAUUGCAUAUACACAAUGACAAACAAACAAACAAAUACCUGGCUAAUAUUUUGAUGGAUACAUUAAGAUUUUUUUAAUGUAUCUGUAUUUUUCUUCAAGUAUUCUUGAGAAAACCACUGUUUAAGCCAAGUGGUAACACAUUACAAUUUUGAUAUUCUUGAGAAAACCACUGUUUAAGCCAAGUGAGAUAAACUAAUGUAUAGUUAUUGAUAGUAAAAUGUGGCACUUGCAACUGAGAUUACACCUUUAAAGUUUCAGAUCAAAAUUCUAACAAUUGCUUCCAGUCAGUUUGACAACUUUUGCCAUAAAGUAACAACUCUGAUUCCUGUUACAAUAACACUCAAAAGCAUUCCGUAAACAAACUUCAAUGUCCAAAUUCUAGUAAAUGUUUUGAGAAACAAAAACAAAGCAAACAUCCUCUUUGGUUGAAGCCUAAUAAUACACUAAUCAACAUAAGUAAAUAUAUUGCAUCUUAGGAUCAUCUUACAAUAAUCAAAGUUACAAUGCCAAAUGACCGGCGCUAACAUGUCACCCACCAGAACCACUCAAGUCCCCAAAUAUGCCAUACAUCCGAAUCACCAAAAAUAAAUAUUCAUCUAUCUUCAUAAAAUUGUACUGAAGUUAGUUAACAUCCCACAAAAUUACAUGUCUUUUCAUUGUCGUCACAAAUCUGACUACGACAGUGGUUCACACACCCACCAUACCCCCCAAAUAAAACCUCUGAAGGAAUCUGAAUUCAAACUGAACAUAAUAAACUAUGAUAGGAAGUAUUAACAGUUUAAUUUACCAAAUAUUAAACCUUUUUUAAAGGUUUUUUUGUUUUGUAGUUUGUUUAGAAUGGUGCACACCCACUUCUUGAUCAUUCAACUUAUUAAGUAUUAUAAUAUUAUAUUAAUAUUAAUAUUAAAAUGUUAUUUUUUAAAAAGGCUUACACAACAUAAACAAAACACUAACAAAAUACAUACUACAACUACUAAACAGACAUUCAUUGACAAAAUUAAUGCAAUAACUAGUAAUAGCAGCAAGGACGCAAUCUUUAACAUUACUUGCUAAGUACCACAAUACAAACCGACAUUUAGAUGUUAACGAUAUAACAAACAAAAGUGAAAUAAGUAAAAAUUAAUAAAUCACUUCCCAUGGCAACAAUCGUCUGAUAUAUCCUGAGUAUUUUGAAGAAAACUCCAAAUAAGGACGGUAAAUAAAAUAUGCAUGAUUAAUUGUUGUGCUUGAAAAAACAAAAACAAAAAAGCAAACAUUAAUUGCAGUUGUUUCUUUUUGGGGUGGUGUGAAGGGGAAAAUGUAUACAAAAUAUAGUAAAAUUUUAUUUGGUGCAUGAACUAAGGAUAGCAAAUAAAAUUUGUUGUAAAAUAAAAUAAUAAAAAACUGACUUUUAUCAAAUGCUCGGACUGGUAAAAAUGUAACAUCAAUAUACAUAAAUAUCUAUUGUAUGUUCUUCUAAUAUAUCUCAUUGCCAGGAGUGGGGCCACAUGGAAGUAGUGUGGGGAAGUGACUGCAUGUUUCUGUACACAUGGGGACAUGCUCUUUGUGUUAAUUUCACCUACAUGUUCAAUGCAUUUCCAAAUUAUAUAUUUUGGUAUACCAAGAUCCAUUUUAAUCAAAAUAUGGUCUCCUGGCAAUGGGUUUACCAACACAUUUAUUACCCAUAAGUCAUUAAAUUAUUAGCAUUAAAAUCAAAAGUGAAGUUACCUAAACUACUUGUUAUGUAAUGAAAUUAACUAAUGCAUUUUGAUAAUAUAAAAGUAUUUAAUUAAAUAGUUACUUAAAGUGUACUAAUGAAAGAUGAAAAGGGUAAAUAAAAAUUACCAUCCGAAAACAACACAUUUUAGUAAGUUGAUCUAAUGCUAUGUUUGAUGAGGGUAGGACACCUGUAUAUAUUUCAUACAAUGGCCUAUGUAAACCAUAUUAUUAAUAUUAAGUCAAAUCUAAUGAAAACAGGUAACUGCCUACUACAUGUAUAUUAUAACUUCCAAUUUUAAGGCAGCAUUUUCAUUUUCAUGUACAUUUAUGGACAUUAUGGGCAAAAUUUAUUAAAGGUAUUUAACCUGAACCAUCAUGCACAUGUAAUAAUUUACGGCAAAUGCAAGUGCUUAGCCAUGCAUACACAUCUUAUUUUGUGUAAAAUAAAUUAUGCAUUUAUCACCUUUCAUAAAUUUAGUUCUAAGUUUUUUUUACUAUAAAGCCAUUAUAAAAUAAGUCCUAAAUUUUCAUCCCCAUCUGCACCGAGAAUAAAAAAAAAUUUAAAAAAAUUCUUUAUAUGAAGUAAUUCACCUCCUGCCUAUUUUGCAAACAAUUUGAAUGAAAAUCUAACAUUUAAUUUAUAAUGGCCUAAUCUUCUGAUUAUAGUAAUGCAGUCAGUGAGAGAAUGAAAACUGUGUCACACUCACAAUGUUUGAGGGAAAGAAGUAGUCUGGGAACAAAUCAACUUCAUCUUUUGACAAACUGGAAAAAUAUUUCACAUUUUUUAUUUUAUCUAUAAACUAUAACACUGGUUUAAUCCACUAACAUUAGCCUAAUUAAGUAGUAAAAACAAAAAAACAAAACCCAAAAAAGUGUGUUUUAGCAAACAUCAUACAUGUGUUUUUUAAAAAUGCUUUUAGUUUCAGGUAAAUAGAAUGCCAAAACAAUUAAAAUCUCAAUGCUGUUAUUGUCUCAUAGAAAAUAUUUCUAAGAGGCCAUGAUUUAGGUUGCACAUUAAUCCACCUCUGUUGCAAUGUGUUGUGAUACUGACUGACACACAACAGGACUGAUAUUUAAAUAGUAUUAUCCAGUUACAUAUAAAACAUGUGUCUCCCACACACUUCUAUAUAUGAUAACACAGUUUAAAAACAUUUGAUCAAAUAACUGAUCGAAAAAAAGAAAUGUUCAAAUACAUUCACAAAUACAUAUGUACAUCAUAUAUACUGUAGAUUUAUAUAUACUAAGACACAACUGUUUUGCCAUUUGGUAAAUGUGCUUAGAUAAAAGGAAACCUGUGACUUUCAAAGUGAAAUCAAGUCACUGGAUUUAACUGAUGAGUACAAGUAUUUUCAGUACCAAAUGAAAUGCGUUAACUGUCACUUCAUUGAAUGCAGCCUACUUUUAAAGUACAAUGCAAUAGUACAUGUAGCAAAUUACUAAACCGUUUUGUCUUAGUGUAUAUCUGGAUUCAUUAUUAUUAAACUGUUAUCAGUUUAGCAACAUGAUAGCCGUAAAUUAUUUCCAUUAUAUAAUACAUGCAUCUAUGAAAAUAGAAAAUGACAGCUAAAAUAGCCUUCCCUUCAUUGAUACCAAAAUAUUUCAGUAAUUCAAUGCCCAGUCAAAGCAAGGCCAAAUAUUUUUGCUGUAAGCCAGAUCACCAAUUAUUCCAUUUCUUUUCACCUAAAAAAUA